AUGUCGUUUAUUCUCAAUAUACCAAGUAUUCUAGCUUUGGUUAUCGUUUCGUUCGUAAUCAAAAAAUUCAUUGAGUCUCUUUAUGUCGAUUUCCAUGGCCAUCUGUCUCACAUUCCAGGACCACUCUUUUCCUUCUUCACGUCGAUAAAAGUAACAUAUCUUCAAGUAACUGGAACAGUAUGGAAGUGGACACGGACGCUCCACAAAACGUAUGGACCCAUUGUAAAAAUUGGCGAUGGAUUUGUGUUGGUAGGCAAUAGAGACGCUAUUAAACAGAUACUUGUAACAAAGGAGCUACCCAAGAGUCCGCUUUAUUUACGAUUUCGAGCUCGCCCAGAUAUUCCAACCCUAUUCACAGCACUUCUUACUCGUUCUCUCUACAUUCUCAAUUUCCAAAAGCGACGACUUUUGUCCCAUGCCUUUGGAAUGAAAACCAUAGCUUCGUUUGAACCUCUUAUGCAUUCGUGUGUCUAUGAUUUGGUGGAGACGAUAGAUUCCCGAAUACUCAACUUUCCAAGGAAAAAUGGAGCGACUCUCAAUCUCUAUCAAAUGCUUCAGUAUGCCACAUUGGAUAUUAUAGGAGAGACGGCUUUUGGAGGAUCGUUUGGAUUGGUCAAGACUGGAUACAAUCCAUUACCAGAUGAAGUGAAUCGAAGGUUGAGACACGUAACCUUGAGAUCGGUUGUUCCAAUGUAUAGUUACUUUGUGAAAGAUCCCACGUAUCUGAAAGAGGUUAGUAUCAGAAAGCUAGUGAACAGAGAAAUGUCUGUCGCUCACCGAAACGCCUAUGUUUAUGAGGUUGCUAGUAUGGAUGAAUUCAUGGACAAGUUGAUAAGCGAACGUCGAAAAGAUGUCACGGCAAUGCGCCAAGACCUUUUGCAACUCUUGCUUGAUGCAGGCAGCUCAGAGGGACAAGGUCUGACCGAUCUUGAACUCAUCGCCCAAGUGGUUGAAUUCAUGAUCGCUGGUAGUGACACCACGGGGUGGAGCAUUACCAUGAUUAUUAUGUUAUUGCUUCAACACCCAGAAAAAAAGACAACACUAUUGGAAGAGUUGGAUAAGGCAUUGGAAGGAUUGGAUAAAGAUGAGUUGCCUCCACACGAAAUAUUGAAAAAAUUACCUUACCUAAAUGCCGUUAUAAACGAGACAAUGAGAUUAUGGCCCGUUUCUCUUGCAAAUGGUCCUGUCAAGAGAACGGUUGAAGACAUAGUACUAUGUGGAUAUGUGAUACCAGCCAACGUAUGUAUAUGGGAUAAAGUGAGGUUGAGAGUGAGGGCAAAUACUCAAGUAUCCGCCAACAUAUAUCAAUUACAUCAUUCAGCCGACCUUUGGGGAGAUGAUGUCGAGGAGUUCAUACCAGAACGGUGGUUGAAUCCCGAAAAUUUGCCCAAGGAUGCAUUCUAUCCAUUCUCCGCAGGUUCUCGUAAUUGUAUUGGCAACAAUUUUGCUUUACAAGAAAUACGGCUGCUAGUUGCCACACUAUUACACCGAUACAGAUUAGAAGAAAUAGCCGGACAGAACCUUGAUAUGGUGCAAUAUGUAACACCCGCUUUUAAGACCAAAACGUAUAAUGUCCAAUUCUAUGAACGUUAG